AUGAAUGCAGUGGAAGAGGAUAGCAUUGUGUUUAAAAUGGAAGUUGAUAUAAAUGGAGAGUCCAGAACUACCCUAUCCACCCUGCCUGUGCCCCUUGCAGAGGUGAGUCCUGUGGGCAGGAUGGAAGCAGAGAAGCCUCGCUGUUCCAGUACCCCGUGCUCACCAAUGCGACGGACGGUUGCAGGAUAUCGGAUCCUUCACAUGGAUUCUAACUACCUUGUUGGCUUCACAACUGGAGAGGAGCUGCUAAAAUUGGCCCAGAAGUGUACAGGAAGUGAAGAGAAUAAAGGGGAAUCUGGCCCGAACUUACACUCCAAACAGCUUGAUUCAGGACUUGCACAUUCCUCCCGUUUGUACAAAACUAGAAGUAGGUACUAUCAGCCAUAUGAGAUCCCAGCAGUAAAUGGAAGGAGGAGGAGACGGAUGCCCAGCUCAGGGGAUAAAUGCACUAAGUCAUUACCAUAUGAACCUUACAAGGCGCUUCAUGGUCCCCUGCCCCUUUGCCUUUUAAAAGGUAAAAGGGCUCAUUCGAAAUCCCUGGACUACCUCAAUUUAGACAAAAUGAGCAUUAAGGAACCUGCUGACACAGAAGUGCUACAAUAUCAGCUCCAACACCUUACCCUUAGAGGGGACCGUAUGUUCGCAAGAAAUAACACAUAA